AUGAUCGAGGAAGAACAUGUACUUAAGCCUUUUCCCUUUCUUCUGAACCGCUUCAAGUUGACACAAUAUCUACUCGAGCCUCACCCGUCGCAACAUGAGACUAUCAGCAUUUCCAUUAGCAGGACUCCUGUUUCUGGGUGUCUAGCCACAGCCACGACAGACCCUCUGAACUACACGAAACAUCCCCGCCUACGUGGCUUCCAACACCUCAACCGCACCGCCGCUUUGGGUCUAAUCAAGUCCCGACCGGAGCUGAGCAUCUUAGCCGAGAAAAUCGCACGAGCCAGGUGGUUCACUCAAGCGUUUGACACCAAUCCGAACUGGAAAUUCACCUUCUUUGCCCCGAACAAUGAUGCUUUUGAAAGCUACACCGGAGCAUACUUUGACACAUUCGAAACGGCUCCGAAUCUUGGACGAGAACCUGCUGAAUCUGAGGUAGCAUUGCUAAUCUAG